CUACACAAACUGUUGAUGCAGAUUAGUGUGGAAAACUACAACCACAGUUUCACAAACAUUGUAAAUCAGCCUGCUGUAGCUAUAAGAAAGGGUAAAGUACAUGCAGGAAGAGAUGUGCUCGCUAUGCCAAUUGCCAUAAAAUCAUGCUGACAGAAUGUCAUAAAGCUCCUCCUAACUCCAUUUUUAUUUUGUAAGGACAACUUCAACACAGGUUUCAUUCGAUCCUUUGUAGAUCUUCCAGUUGCAGUGGGCCACUUUCUCUACUUUCUCCAGUUUGAAUUUAACUCUUCAUUUAAAAAAAAAUCACACUCACCAUGGAUCGUCUAAUUGGACAAGAAAAAACUAAACAUCUGAGAGACCUGCUGAACACUGACCCUGCUGCUGCAGCUGCAACCAUCAAACAAUAUUUAGAACAGCCAAAUAAUAUUCCACUAAACAUCGCUGUUACAGGAGAAUGUGGCUCCGGUAAAUCCAGCUUUGUUAAUGCUUUUAGAGGCGUGACAAAUAAAGACAAGGGCGCCGCCCCAACUGGCUGUGUGGAGACCACCACCGAGGUCACCGCAUACCAGCAUCCAAAAUAUCCCAAUGUUAAAUUAUGGGAUCUUCCAGGUGUUGGAACCACCAGGUUUACAGUUGACAAGUACCUGAAGCACGUUGGAUUUGAGAAGUUUGACUUCUUCAUCAUCAUUUCAGACACUCGCUUCAAAAAGAACGAUGUGAAACUUGCUCUGGAGAUUCAGAAGAUGGACAAGAAGUUCUAUUUCGUUCGCUCAAAGAUCGACAACGAUUUACGUUCUGAAGAAAGAAGUCAAAGAAAUUUCAAUGCUGAGAAUUACCUGAAACAAAUCAGAGACAGCUGCACUCAAGGUCUUCAGAAAGAAGGAUUCGAGUCUCCUCAGGUCUUCCUCAUUUCCAGCUUUGAGCUCCACCUGCAUGACUUUUCUCUCCUACGUAGGACCUUAGAGAGAGAGCUUCCUGAACACCAGAGGCAUGUUCUGCUGCUGGCCAUGUCCAACAUCAGCCUGGACGUCAUUGAAAAGAAGAAGGAGGCUUUUCGUGCCAGUAUAAAAUAUUAUGCUCUUGCAUCUGCAGCUGGAGCAGCUGUACCUGUUCCAGGUCUUUCUGUUGCUGUUGACCUCCCCAUGAUGGUGUAUGUUGUCAGACAGUAUGUUGUUGGUUUUGGUCUUGACAAGUCAUCUCUUAAGAGACUUGCAGACAGCACAGGUGUUUCAUUUGAUGACCUGAAAGCUGCCAUCACAUCAGAACUGGUUACAAAAGAAAUAACCAAAGAUCUCCUCGUGAAGUUGCUGGCCCAACUUGCAAACGUGGCUGCAUUACUAGCAGCAGAGGAGGGGGCCAGAUUUAUACCCAUACUUGGAAUUCCAGCAGCAAUGACCCUCUCCGGUAUGGCUACUAGGGAUUCUCUAAAUUUCUUCCUUGACAUACUUGCAAAAGAAGCACAGAGGGUGUUUGUCAGAGCUCUUUCAGUAAUGAGUCAGAAUGUUAUGUAA